GUUGAAGGUACAGCAGUCCAGUCGGUAGUUGGCAAGCCUGAGACAAUCCGCUAGGUUGUAGGUUAGAUAUAGCUCGUCGCUAAGCUAAUACGGUGGUGGCGACGCGAAGAUCGACAAAACGGUUCGCGUGGAAUCGUGAAAAGUUUGGUGGAUUAGUUUAUGCGUAUCAUUCGUUGGAAUAUCUUGGGAGCAUUCUCGGGUCGUUCGCAGAAUCCGAUUUGCGCGUUCCUCGUGUUUGGAAACGCAUGCGUGCUACCAAGGUAACGAAGUGCGUCUGGCAAUAAUCGGACGGGACUGUUUUAGUUGUACCAACUACGUCGAGGUAGCAGCUCGAUCGCAUUGUUUUUAUGUUUCCCAUGUGUGUACAUACCAUGCAUAUACGCUCCAUCUGAGGCGUAUAUCGCGACCGUCUCGCGAGUGUCCAACGUUUUGUGCCGUCCACGCGUCGAGUUCUUACCGAGUGUGUCUGUGCAGGAGAGGAAUUUUACACGGCGACUUGUCGCGAAACAGCUGAAACUCACGUUCUUCGCGAAGGUGUGGCAACGUUACCAGAAACGACGUAUGCGUCGAACAAGGAAGAGGGUUACGACGUUGCGACGUUGACGGUAAAUGCAGGGUACGGUGAAUGUUGGAGAAAACAGAAUGUCCAGCGAGCAACCGCGAACGAGCGCCGUUGCGACCAAAGAAGACGUGGGCUACAGAAGCGUCGAGAUCGCGUCCGCGUUUACGCAUCUGCCGCAAAAAGAAAUGGCCAGGGACACGCCAGGCUCACCCAUGUCUAGGCCGAGGGAGUUGGUCGGCGGAGUUGGCGCUGCAGCGGCCACCUUGACAUCCAGCGCGUAUCACGCUGCCUCUGGCGAUCCAACCGCCCUUCACGGUCACGCGCUGCAGCAAAAGAUACUCGAGUUGCAACAGCAUCAUCAACUUCAACAGCAGAUUCUACGGCAACAGUUCCAGGCGCAGGAGCGACAAUUGGCGGAACUGCACGAACAACAGAUGCAUCAGCUGAAGCUAUGGGAGCAGCAAAAGCAACUGGAGGAACAGAGGAGAGAAAAGGAGAGGCUCGAAGCUUUGAGGAAAAAGGACAAGCACGAUCACAGUGCCAUCGCAUCGACGGAAGUCAAGCAACGUCUUCAGAGCUUCCUCGUCAACAAGAAGCAAAGGGAGGCCGCGGCCGCGGCUAAUGGGGCCGUACCUGGUACAGCCGGAUACAGGAGCUGGUUGCAACCGCAAUCGGAUUCGGCGGGCACCGCGAACGCCUCGCAUCCCUACAGGAUGCCGCAGAUGCUUCAGGAAAAGUUUGCCGAUGAUUUCCCUCUUCGAAAAACAGCCUCGGAGCCGAACCUGCUGAAGGUGCGACUAAAGCAACGCGUGGAGAGGAACAUGGCCGCCUCGAGAAACUCACCCCUGAUGGCAAGACGGAAGGAACGGCUGCUGUCGCACCUCAAGCGGAAGUCACUGCUAGCAAAUUCUAGCAGUAAUCCGGAAUCUGGGCCUAAUUCGCCGCCGACCGUCAAUAAUUCUCAAGCGAGUCCCACGGCGGGUAGCAACGCGGCGGCCAUUCAAGAAGAGACCGAGAACACGGCGUACGGUGGCCCUCUGACCAGCGGCAGCCAACAGGGUAGCCUUUCGGAUCUUUCGUUGUUCAGCUCACCGUCCAUGCCGAACAUCUCGCUGGGUAGACCUCACGUUCCGUCCGGAACCAGCACGACUGGCACCAAGUUAGCGACCGUCUCAGAAGCGGAGGUACGAGCAGCGUUCACGGCGCGGCUUGGAAUGCCGCUCACCGAUCAGAUGUUACCUGGCACCCUGCCCUUCUACCCCUCGCUAACGGUGAUCGAAAGGGACCCGCCAUCCUCCAACUACGUUCACAAGCAGAUGCAGAAUUUGGAACAUCAGUCGGUAACGAACAGACAACACGCAGCCGCGGUUUAUUAUAGCGCUGCAGCAGCGUCUGCGUCAGGCUCGGCGUCAGCGUCUGCGUCGCCCAUCACGGACACGCAAGUAGCGCACGCGAGGCUGCAAAAGGCUGGUCACCGGCCUUUAGGUAGCAGAACCCAGUCCGCUCCGUUACCAUUGGGACACCCGAUGCUGCAAGGCGGGAGCAUGAUGGCUCCGCAGACGCACUACGAAGAGUACCUGGCCGAGAAGCAGCUGCACGACCAACAGCAGGCGCACAAUUACUUGAAACAACAGAUUCGUCAGACCGUGUUGACGCGGGUCGGGUCCCGAGGCCAGGCGAACCAGUUGGACGAGGCGCCCGAGUCCGAAGAGUCCGAAGUGAUAGAUCUGACGGGAGGAAAGAAAGAUCUGUCGGAGGAGAGCGAAAUUUCCAAGCAACAGCGCGAUCGCGAGCAAUUCCUGCAACAGCAAAGAGAUUUGAUGAUGAGGCAUACGCUGCAAGCCUCGAAUGAGUCGACGGCCUACAGCGGGGGCAGUGGCGGCAGCGGGAGUAGAGGAGGCCAGCAGUGCGCCAGGCCGCUAUCCAGGGCGCUCUCUAGUCCGUUGGUGCAUUUAGGACCCCAGGGCUCCGGAUCCGCCGCCGCUGAUUUGUUCGCUCGAGCAUCCACCCACCGACCCACCACUGGCUUGGCCUACGAUCCGUUGAUGCUGAAACACGCGUGCGUCUGUGGGGAGACGGUACGUGGUCAUCCCGAGCACGGCGGAAGGUUGCAGAGCGUCUGGGCCCGACUGUCAGAAACGGGUUUGCUACAGAGAUGCGAUCGGAUACGAUCGCGUAAAGCUACCCUCGAAGAGAUUCAGACGUGUCACAGCGAGGCGCACGCUCUACUCUUCGGGACGAAUCCGAUGAACCGUCAAAAGUUGGACGUAUCGAAGCUCUCUCAACUACCGAUCAAGAGUUUCGUUCGACUGCCUUGCGGCGGAGUGGGCGUCGAUUCCGACACUACGUGGAACGAACUGAAUACCGCGCCGGCCGCCAGAAUGGCAGUAGGCUGCGUCGUCGAUCUGGCCCUAAAAACCGCUAUGGGCGACAUUAAGAACGGCUUCGCCGUCGUACGACCUCCGGGCCAUCACGCCGAAACCAAUCAAGCCAUGGGUUUCUGCUUCUUCAACUCGAUCGCGAUCGCUGCGCGAUUGCUCCAGCAAAAGCUCGAUGUUCGGAAAAUCUUGAUCUUGGAUUGGGAUGUCCACCAUGGGAACGGAACGCAACAGAUGUUUUACGACGAUCCGCGUGUGCUAUACCUGUCGAUACACAGGCACGACGAAGGUAACUUCUUUCCAGGAACCGGUGGCCCGACCGAGUGCGGGGCAGGCGAGGGCCUCGGCUACAACGUGAACGUAGCUUGGUCGGGAGGCCUGAAUCCGCCGAUGGGAGACGCGGAGUACAUAGCUGCGUUUCGAACGAUAGUGAUGCCAAUCGCGAAGGCAUUCGAUCCGAGCAUCGUCCUAGUCUCGGCUGGAUUCGAUGCCGCCGUUGGUCAUCCUCCGCCUCUCGGAGGUUACAAAGUCAGCCCAGCCUGUUUUGGAAAGCUGACGCAACAACUGCUAGGACUGGCAGACGGCAAGGUUGUCCUUGCCCUUGAAGGCGGCUACGACUUGGCCGCCAUCUGUGAUUCCGCGCAAGAGUGCGUUAGGGCUCUGUUGGGCGACGAACCUUCCCAAUUAAGAGAAGAGGAACUGACCAGGCCACCUUGUCAGAACGCGAUCGACACGCUGCAAAAGACUAUCGCCGUUCAGAUGUCGCACUGGCCUUGCGUCAAGCUGAACGCUCACACUGUACCCAUGACCGCGAUCGAAGCUGGUCAGAAAGAGCGCGACGAAUCGGAGACGGUCUCCGCGAUGGCCUCUCUUUCGAUGCAGCAGCCUACCAACUUAACGACUACCCCAGAACAUUCCCGUGAAGUUUCCGAGGAGCCCAUGGAACAAGACGACGCCAAAUGAAAUCGUAGUCGGCUGCGUUAGCGGUACGUGCGAUCGUCUUUGGAAAUUGUCGCGAAACGACCAUCGUCGUGUUCGCGACGCGUCGUAGGGAGCGACUGGCGAGCUACAGAGCCACUGUGCCACGAAACAGGUGCAGUUUGCUCUGUCCGACGUUGCAUCGUCGGCGUCGUUACCCAAGCUUUUGCGCGCCUCUAUUUUCGCGCCAUCGAGCGUUGAAUCGCGAUGUUGCGCCGACACGCGAUCCUGUCGCUGCGAAUGCUCGCUGUUAUUGAGCCGACUAAACGCGAGGGGAUCCGAAUCUUGUAGAGCUACCGAUACAGUUUUUUCUACGGUCUUGGAGACAGGUCUAGCAGAUACACCCCGUACACCAAAUGCUAUCGAUAGAAUGUCAUCUAAUCGAAGUCGAAUAAUGCCGUUAGAGAAAGAAAAGCAACGUUUCGUUUAAAUCGAUUACUAUCGUUAACCCUCGAAAUCAUAUCCAAUUAUAGCAGGCGUUUUAUGUAUCGUUUUUACCAUCCACUGAGAGCCUUCGCGUGUUUGUCCAUCGCAUCGGCUACGAUUGGGUAGAGUUUUCCGAGCAAAGGUGCUCAGACUCGUCUGUAAAAUCGAUCAGUUUGCGCGCGCGAAAACUCCUUUCAAGUAUUUCUCUCGUUUGUACGAACAAACCUUAUGUUUUCGAGCACUUUCUAUUUUCUAUAGUACGUCCCAUUGGACCAGCAUUCCCCGAUCUCUUUCACUCAUGGAACAUUUUUUACGUACACAUUUUACAGUUUUCUUUUCCAUACACUUGCUAACGAACGUAUACAUCGUACUAGGAAUUUUAAUGAAAACUAACCAAAGCCUAAUCUCAAUUUAUUCGAAUAACGUCUAGCUCUGGUUUUAUUCGAACCCAGUUCGUUCAAUGGAACGUACUAUAAGUUGCUACAAGUUUCCAAGUAUUGCACGGUAAACGUUGAUCCGUGUUGUCCACCUUUUCGUCCCAAUCGCGCAAACGGAUAUUAUCGGAGAGAAAUUUCGAAGAAACGCGCUAUAAGAAAAUUGUACCUGUUUGCGAACCGUCGGUCGUCCCGAAACACUAGACGUUCGAAACGAUCUUACGCGCCCUGUGACUCGAAAGUAAAGAGUUCGCGCUCCACGCACUUGUUUAGUUUAUUCUAACAUAUUUAUUAUGCAAAUCGGAAAAAAUUAACGAAGAGUAUCUUACUCGUAAGACUCUGAACGCAUCGAUAGAAAUUGCGCGUCCGAAUGAUAAAAAUCGUCGAGGAAAUUUUAUUUAAGACCAACGUAGCGUUAGACUUUUUUUUUACGUAUUUUACGUUACACUGGACGCAAUCGUACGUUGGGACGCUUCAAUUUUUUUCGUAUUUCAAUGAAAAUUUGCAUAUCGACGGAACUACGAAACAGAGAUGAGUAAAAUUAUCUAGAUAGAAAUUUGUCUAUCCGUUAUAUUUAUUUAUUUUAUUUCAACGAUUUAAGACGAUGUUUAACGAAUAAGUUUGUUUUUCCCAAUUUUUAUCGAACGAGAAACGAUGUCCAUUGUUAAAUAAAAAUUAAAGGUUUUUGAAUUCAACGCGUAAACUUCAUUUUAGAAUGAAACAUUUUACGAAUGCCACCUUUAAAUUUUGGGCAUCUCUGCAACGAAUUAAUCGAAGCGAUCCUACCAGAGCGCGAUAAGAAUUCGCAGAAGAAACGAUACACCUGACGAGAAGCAAAGAACCAAGUGUUUCGCGUUUCGCGUGUCUCGUGUCUCGUGUCGCGAGAAUGUAGCGAUUAAUUUUUACUUCGGGUGGCGUAGCGACGUUUGGUUGUUUUACCGCGAACAAAGGCUGGUGUGAUUUUUGUGAUAUUUUGUAAAAAAAAAAAAUGAAAUUUAACGAGCUACUGUUAAAUAAAGGUGUAAGUGCAAGCAAGAGCGUUCGUCGUGUGUGUGUUUGUUUGUUUGUUUGUUUGUUGUGUGUGUGCGUGCGUGCGUGCAUGCGCGAGUAUGACGCAGAAAAAUAGAGAGAGAAAUACAAUUGAAAUACGAGCAUUUAUUUUUGUGUCGUGCAUUUUACGAGAACACGGAGUCACGUGAACGAAUCGAUCGAUUGACAAAAGAUUUCCGCGGUUUCGUGCGUGCUUGUAAACAAACGUAGGUAUACGAAUAUACGUCGGACGUGUGCGUAUGUACGGGCAUCGAGUACAAGGUAUAUACAUAUAUGUGUGGAUCGUAUGUUGCGUGUAUUCGCAAGAAUCUCAAGUGUUCGUCCCGUAUUUUUUUACCAAAAAUUAUGAAAAUAUCAAGUACGAAACAAUUCUUUGGUCAUGGUUGAUGCCAACCAAGGCUUCCGGUUGCGAGUAUUGUCCUUUGGAAAAAGUGCUAUCUUCGAUUACUUUCAAUUGAAGCAGAAUGCACAUGGCGUUUGAUGUAUCAAAUGAAAUAUAUUAUAUAUCGAUAUUCUCGUGUCGUUUGAUCCUUGAAGAAGAAACGUUGGAGUAUCGUAACCAAAGGGCACAGCUCACACCCAGAAGCUUCUGUUAAUAUCAACCAUGAAGUAAUCGGGACGUGAAGCCUCAACUAUCUUAAUUCUUUGGUCGAUUCGUGUCGCGAGCACGAAUUCACACGAACAAUCCUACGAUUCGUCGUCUACUCUUCUACCUACGACAGUUAAAUAUCCGUGAUUUAACCUCUCGAGGGAUAUUGAUACGUACGUGUACGUUUAGUUCCCGACUUCCUUUUGUAUGUAAUAUCGCAUGGAAAUAUUUACAAAUAAAUUUUCCAAUGACAUAACAGUUAUAUCAACAUCUAAAUAUUGAAGUUUUGUUUAUAUCUAAUAAAAUAAUUCAUCCCUCGAGAAGUUAAGCUUGGGCCACCGAGAAAGCAUGUAGUACCGGCCACGAAAUCUGUCGCGCUCAGUCCUGGCUUGUUUACAUGUAGCUGGAGAUGAGAAAGUUUGAUACUUCGGGUGAAUUCGCCAACAGUUACGGCUAAUUGAGAAUCUUCGGCCUCGAUGUUUGUUCAUUUAUUCGGGCACUACCGUACACAAUUCUAUUUUGCUUCUUAGUGUCGCCAUCGAUACGGUUUAUCUCUACUUUCACUUCGUUCGCGAACAAUCGUCCGUUUACAAUUUCUCAAUUUGCUCACGUUAACCUUACCCCUCUACUCAGUCUCACUUAGCCUGAUUACAUUUUUUCGACUCGAUUCGACCGAACUAUUCGUCCUCCUUGGUUACGUUCUCGUGCGAUGAUCGUUUAAAAAUUGUUAACAAUUAUGAGAGAGUUUUAUGUGUUUCGGACAAAGAAACUUGAAACAUUCCGGUAUCGUUCGUAGGAAAUCGAUACAAGUUAGAUGUAAAAAAAAAAAAGAAAUUGUUGACUCGCAUCGAAAGCAGAAUAUUAAUAAUAUUAAUAAUAAUAAUAAUAAUAAUAAUAAUAAUAAUAAUAAUAAUAGAUAUGAAAACGAGAAUCUAACGUCGAAGAUGAAGAUGGAGAAAAGAAAAUGUUACGAUUACGUUAUUGCACGUGUUCGAGUAUGUCCAUAUUGUGUAAGCUUAAGUGUAUUAGUAAUACAUUUUUUAUGUAUAUAAAUGUACCUCGUAAAGUAAUUUUAAAUAAAAGGUAUAGUCAUUGUGUUAUGCAUA